AUCAAAUAAAUUGAAUUGAAAAUAAAAUCGGUUAAACUUCGUAAAAUGAACCGGGAAGAACAUUAUAGGACGGAGGGAGUAUAUAUAUAUAUAUAUAUAUAUAUAUAUAUAUGUAUGUAUGUAUGUAUGUAUAUCAAAAGGUUGCAAUAGCCAUUGUGACCAAAGAGAGAAAGGAUGAAAGAAAAUCAAGAAAUGGUAGUGUGGAAAACCAUUGGUGUUCUUCUCCUCCUCUUCUCUUUCACAAGUUUUCUCACCAACCCAUCGCCAUGGCUAACAACAAUUCUUCCUCCUCAUCUUCUUCUCCCACUUCUUGUCUCCCUCUUGGGGCUCAUCACUCUCUACUGGCUCAACACUGUGUGGAUUCAGCCACAGAGAGUGAGAUGGGUGUUGAAGAGGCAGGGCAUAUAUGGCCCCACCCCUUCUUCUCUUCUCUAUGGAAAUCUUGCUGAAAUGCAGAGGAUUCAGGCGGCCGCCGCCGCCGCCGCCGCAACUUCCAUGGAAGCGUCAAGCCGUGGUGGAUUUCUGGCACAUGAUUACACUUCCACUCUCUUCCCAUACUUCGAAAAAUGGCGGAAAGAAUACGGCUGCAUAUACACAUAUUCAACAGGAAACAAACAACAUUUGUAUGUGAACAAUCCAGAGAUGGUGAAGGAGAUGAACCAAAGCAUGAGUUUGGUGUUAGGGAAGCCCACUUAUGUCACAAAGAGACUCUCCCCUAUGCUUGGGAAUGGCCUCUUGAGGUCAAAUGGCCAACUAUGGUCUCUCCAAAGAAAAAUCAUUGCUCCACAAUUCUUCAUGGACAAAGUCAAGCACAUGUUAAACCUGAUGCUGGGGUCUGCAGAGCGGUUGGUUAGGAAAUGGGAGGAGAGCAUUGAUGCCCAAGGAGGAGAAACGGCGGAGAUCGCGGUGGACGAAGACCUCAGGAACCUCUCUGCAGAUGUCAUUUCUAGGGCUUGCUUUGGAAGCUCAUACAAUAAAGGCAGACAGAUUUUCUCAAAGCUUAGAACUCUUCAAAACGUCAUCUCUUCCCAGAGUUACCUAUUUGGUUUCCCCACAUUUGGAAAGAACAACGGAAUCGCCAGUUUGGAGGUGGAAAUAGAGACGUUGAUCUGGAAAGCGGUGAAAGAAAGGGAUUCAUCUUCUUCCUCGGAGGAGAGGGACCUUCUGCAAUGCAUCCUAGAAGCCGCCAUUAACGACGAAAACAUGUCCGAGGAUUCGUCCAAGAAGUUCAUAGUCGACAACUGCAAGAACAUAUACUUUGCAGGGCACGAGGCGACGGCCGUGGCUGCCGCCUGGUGCGUGAUGCUCUUGGCCCUCCACCCGGAAUGGCAAUCCCGCGUCCGCGAGGAAAUCGGGGAUGACUCGCCAGACGCGGAGGGGAUCUCGAAGAUGAAGACACUCACAAUGGUGAUACAUGAAGUCCUGCGCCUCUACCCUCCGGGGGCAUUCGUGUCCCGGGAGGCCCUAGAGGAGACAAAGAUAGGGCACAUCACUGUUCCCAAAGGGGUGUGUCUCUGGACACUGAUCCCCACACUGCAUCGGGACCCGGAGGUGUGGGGUCCCGAUGCAAACGAGUUCAAGCCCGAAAGGUUCGCGAACGGGGUGUCGGGCGCGUGCAAGACGCCCCAGGUCUUCGUGCCUUUCGGGGUCGGGCCCCGACUCUGCGUGGGACGCAACUUCGCGAUGUUUGAGAUUAAGGUUGUGCUUUGCGCCAUAAUUUCCAAGUUCUCGCUUUCGCUUUCGCCCAAGUAUAAGCACUCCCCUGCGUUUAGGAUGAUUGUGGAACCUGGGGAGGGAGUGCAUAUUCUUGUUGAGAGGUUGAAGAAGUAAUUAAUAUGGUUUGAGAGAAGAAUGAAAAAACAAAAGAUGUAGGUCCCAACAUAUAGGUGACAAAACUUAUGAGAUUAUUAUUGCAAUUUAAUGUGAUAUUGUGAACUGGGAAAUUUAAAUAAAGAAAAGGUUCAGUG